AUGCGCGCAAAAAACACUCUGUACAUAGCGUUUCUAAUCUCAGUCGUCUUCAUUUACCAUGUCAUAGGACUUCAACAAAAUGAAGAGUUCCAACGGUAUGAUGGAUGGUACAAUAAUCUGGCCAACAAGGAAUGGGGAUCGGCUGGUGACCGACUCCAUCGUGACGCCCGGUCCGCAUACUCGGAUGGUGUAUACUCUGUAAAUAACUCGUUACCAUCGGCCAGAGAACUAUCGGACACACUUUUCAAAGGAGAAUCUGGAAUUCCAAAUACCCGAGGGUGUACGACACUUUUGGCGUUUUUCAGUCAAGUCGUCGCUUACGAGAUCAUGCAAUCCAAUGGCGUUUCCUGCCCGCUAGAGACUCUCAAAAUCCAAGUACCCCUAUGUGACAGUGUCUUCGACAAGGAAUGCGAAGGCAAAACCCAAAUUCCAUUUACCCGAGCAAAGUACGAUAAAGAAACUGGAAACGGUCUGAACUCGCCUCGAGAACAAAUCAAUGAGCGGACGUCGUGGAUCGAUGGAUCCUUCAUUUAUGGGACCACACAACCAUGGGUGUCUUCGUUGAGAUCUUUCAAGCAAGGACGUCUGGCGGAGGGAGUUCCCGGGUAUCCACCACUCAACAAUCCACACAUUCCAUUGAAUAAUCCGGCACCACCACAAGUGCACCGAUUGAUGAGCCCCGAUCGGUUGUUUAUGCUCGGCGACUCGCGUGUCAACGAAAAUCCAGGACUCCUCUCGUUCGGUUUGAUCCUGUUCCGUUGGCACAACUACAAUGCUAAUCAAAUCCAUAGAAAACAUCCCGAAUGGACCGAUGAGCAGAUUUUCCAAGCGGCGAGACGCCUUGUGAUCGCGUCGAUGCAGAAAAUUAUUGCCUAUGAUUUUGUGCCGGCGCUUUUGGGACCCGACGUUCGCCUAUCCAACUACACCAAAUACAUGCCUCACGUACCCCCUGGCAUCUCUCACGCCUUCGGAGCCGCCGCCUUCAGAUUCCCCCACUCCAUCGUUCCACCAGCGAUGCUUCUGAGGAAACGAGGAAAUAAAUGCGAGUUCCGAACGGAAGUCGGCGGUUAUCCAGCAUUGAGACUUUGUCAAAACUGGUGGAACGCACAGGAUAUUGUCAAGGAGUAUAGUGUGGAUGAGAUUAUUUUAGGAAUGGCCAGUCAGAUCGCCGAACGCGAUGACAAUAUUGUUGUCGAGGACCUUCGCGACUACAUUUUCGGACCAAUGCAUUUCUCUCGUCUUGACGUUGUUGCCUCAUCGAUCAUGAGAGGAAGAGAUAACGGAAUUCCACCAUAUAACGAGCUCCGACGAACUUUUGGACUUGCUCCGAAGACGUGGGAGACGAUUAACGAGGAUUUCUACAAGAAGCACACAGACAAAGUUCAGAAGCUGAAGGCACUCUACGGAGGAAAUAUCUUGUACCUGGAUGCCUAUAUUGGAGGAAUGCUCGAAGGUGGAGAAAACGGACCUGGGGAGCUGUUCAAGGAGAUCAUUAAGGAUCAGUUUACCAGAAUCCGAGAUGGAGAUCGCUUCUGGUUUGAGAACAAGUUGAAUGGAAUUUUCACCGAGGAGGAGGUUCAAAUGAUUCAUGGGAUUACGUUGAGGGAUAUUAUCAAGGCAACCACGGAUAUCGAUGAGGGAAUGUUACAGGAUGAUGUGUUCUUCUUCAAAGAAGGCGAUCCAUGUCCCCAACCAUUCCAAGUCAACACCACCGGUCUCGAGCCAUGUGUCCCAUUCAUGCAAUCCACGUAUUGGACUGAUAAUGAUACCACCUAUGUGUUCACAUUGAUCGGCUUGGCUUGUGUUCCUUUAAUCUGCUACGGAAUUGGUCGCUACUUGGUCAACCGUCGUAUCGCAAUUGGUCACAACAGCGCUUGUGACAGUCUGACCACGGAUUUCUUAAAUGAUGCCUGUAAUCCAAAAGGAGAUGUUUAUUGUGUGAAUGCUCUGGAAUGGCUACAAGAAGAAUACAUACGACAGGUGCGGAUAGAAAUAGAGAAUACAACAUUGACGGUGAAAAAGCCACGUGGCGGGAUUCUUCGGAAGAUUCGAUUCGUCGCCGAACAAGAUAUCGACGUCUUCCACUCAACCCCAAAUCCAGAAGCCAUGCACGGUCCAUUUGUGAUGUUGUCGCAGAAGAAUAAUCAUCCUCUAGUGAUACGGUUACCAUCUGAUAGGGAUUUGUCGAGGUUUUUGGAUCAGAUUCGGGAAGCGGCCACUGGUAUCAAUGCAAAGGUCAAUGUCGCCGAUGAGGAGAAUCAGGUUCUCCUCGACCAAGCAGUCACCAAAGAACGCCGUCAAGACCGUCUGGAUCAAUUCUUCCGUGAAUCUUACGCGAAAGCAUUCAACGACGAUGAGCUUCGUGAUACAGAAACAUCGAUUGACUCAACAAGUGAUGAUAUUCUAAAUGAGACAAUCUCUCGAGAGGAGUUGGCGUCAGCAAUGGGAAUGAAGGCGGAUAAUGAAUUUGUGAAGAGAAUGUUCGCGAUGACGGCGAAACACGAUGAGGAUAGUUUGAGUUUCAAUGAGUUCCUAAAGGUGUUGAGGGAGUUCGUGAAUGCGCCUCAAAAAGAAAAACUUCAAACUCUGUUCAAAAUGUGUGAUCUGGAUGGAAAGAAUAAAGUUUUGAGGAGAGAUUUGGCAGAAUUGGUGAAGUCUUUAAAUCAAACAGCUGGUGUCAAUAUCAAUGAAGGAACACAGAUGCGGCUUUUCAAUGAAGUUCUUCAUAGUUCUGGAGUAAGCAACGAUGCCAAAUACUUGACCUAUGAGGACUUCAACGCUCUCUUCUCUGAUAUCCCUGACAAACAGCCAGUUGGACUUCCAUUCAACCGGAAAACCUUCCAGCCAAGUAUUGGGGAUUCUUCCUCUCUCAACUCAUUCGCAGUCGUGGAUCGCUCUAUCAACAACUCGGCGCCAAUGACCCUCGUCCAUCAAGUUUGCGCAUUUUUGGAGACUUAUCGUCAGCACGUCUUCAUUGUCUUCUGCUUUGUUGCCAUCAAUUUGGUCCUGUUCUUUGAGCGAUUCUGGCACUACCGCUACAUGACUGAAAACCGAGAUCUCCGACGAGUGAUGGGUGCGGGUAUUGCAAUCACUCGUGGUGCUGCUGGAGCUCUGUCGUUCUGUAUGGCACUGAUCUUGCUCACCGUGUGUAGGAACAUCAUCACUUUGCUCCGAGAGACAGUCAUCUCGCAGUACAUUCCAUUUGAUUCGGCAAUUGCGUUCCAUAAGAUCGUCGCUCUGUUUGCCGCCUUCUGGGCUACACUGCACACUGUCGGGCAUUGUGUCAAUUUCUAUCACGUCGGAACACAAUCCCAAGAAGGACUCGCCUGUCUCUUCCAGGAAGCGUUUUUCGGAUCCAAUUUCCUCCCCUCCAUCAGCUACUGGUUCUACGGCACCAUCACAGGGCUGACAGGAAUCGCCCUGGUUACUGUAAUGUGUAUCAUCUACGUCUUCGCACUGCCUUGCUUCAUUAAACGAGCUUACCAUGCAUUCCGGCUCACACAUCUUCUCAAUAUUGCCUUCUAUGCCUUGACAAUUCUUCACGGAUUACCCAAAUUGUUGGAUUCCCCCAAAUUCGGCUACUAUGUUCUUGGGCCUGUUAUCAUUUUCGUCAUUGACCGUAUUAUUGGAUUAAUGCAGUACUAUAAGAAAUUGGAAAUUGUCAGUGCUGAAAUCCUUCCAUCCGACAUCAUCUACAUCGAGUUCCGACGUCCCAGAACCUUCCAAUACAAGUCCGGCCAAUGGAUUACUGUAUCCUCCCCAUCGAUUUCUUGCACAUUCAACGAGUCGCACGCCUUCUCAAUCGCUUCCAGUCCUCAGGAUGAGACAGUUAAGCUGUACAUCAAGGCAGUGGGUCCAUGGACGUGGAAAUUGAGAAGCGAGCUGCUCCGAGCUCAGAACACUGGCUCACCAUACCCGCUGAUUCACUUGAAGGGACCAUAUGGCGAUGGAAAUCAGGAAUGGAUGAAUUACGAGGUGGCGAUUAUGGUUGGUGGAGGUAUUGGUGUUACUCCAUACGCCUCGACGCUCAACGAUUUGGUCCAGCUGACUGCCAGUGACUCUUUCCACAAAGUUCGAUGCCAAAAAGUGUAUUUCCUCUGGGUGUGUCCUUCGCAUAAGAACUAUGAAUGGUUUGUGGAUGUGUUGAAGAAUGUGGAGAAUCAGGAUCGACGUGGAAUUCUGGAGACACACAUCUUUGUGACGCAACUGUUCCAUAAGUUUGAUUUAAGAACUACUAUGCUGUACAUUUGCGAGAAACACUUCCGUGCCACCAACGCCGGCAUGUCAAUGUUUACGGGUCUCCAUGCGAAGAAUCAUUUCGGAAGGCCGAACUUCAAAACAUUCUUCCAAUUUAUACAGAACGAGCAUAAAGAGCAAUCUGAAAUCGGCGUGUUCAGUUGUGGACCCAACAAUCUUAAUGAGAAAAUCGCAGAGGGAUGUGCCGAAGCAAAUCGGCAGAGGGAUGCUCCAUCGUUCGCUCAUCGUUUUGAGACUUUUUGA